CGCGAAGUAAACAAUAUGCGAUGAUAUUCAGAUUAUCUCGAGGUGCGUGCGUGCGUGCGCGCGCGCGCGUUUCAAUGGCUGUGUUCAAUUAAAGGAGAGGAGUGUACAGUUUCCACCAACAUAAACUCGUGUGUAUAUCGGUGUUUUUAAAGCACAGUGCGGAAACUCUAGACAAUGUUGAAGUGGGCGGGCCGAAACGUGUCUUACUUGGUCCCUGAAAAGGACGGACAGGGUUUUUGGGCCGUUUCGGCGCAGCAGAUGUGCCGUUAGCGGUGUGUGUUCUCGCUGCGGACACACUAUGCAAGUGACGCAACGCUGAGCCUGAUUCCCCCAGACAAAGAGCGGCGUUUCUGCUACACUCUUCUGAAAUAGUUAAUAAAACAUGAUAUUUGACGUAGAUACAGGCAACGAGAGGAAGCGGGGGUUCAAGUAACGCGUUUAAGUGUGGCGACGAUGAGACAUUUGCGGUGUGGUAAAUACGGGCGCGCGCACAUAUAUCCCUCCCAGGGAUUAUUCGUUCAUCUGGGUCACACCAUAUUUUAUAGUAUAGUUUGCCACAACAAGAAAACAAAAUUACCUUAUAUAAGUAUGUAGAACUGUGAGAAAAGUAUUUAUUUCUUUAAAAAAUAAUUCCAAGUGGCUCGCGUCUGACGACUUGAUUACGGAAAUUAACUUUAAAUGUACCGCAGACUGGGGGCGCAAAUCUUUUUUGAGAAAAUUAAUUCUGUUGGAGCGAUAAGAUUAGAAAUGCAACUCUUUGUAAAAUAUAGUUGUAAAAAUGGGGGGGGGGGAGAGAUGUGAAGAGGUUUCUACUUUGCGAGGCGGAUGUGUCCGAGGCCGCGGUCUGUGUGUGUGUGCGCGUGCGUGCGUGCGCGCGUGCGCUUGACUUUGUGUCUGCCGAUUGUUUGAGUUGAAGGGGAGCUGUCGCCGCCGAGAUCCCCCCUCGGGGACGCACAUCGCUGAUACCGUUUGGACGGACGGACCGAGGGAGCGAGCGAGCGACCGACCGCCUGCCUGCCCGCCCGCCCGUCCGGGACCGCGCCGCCCGUGUCAGCGCCGCCGCGAUGAGCCAUCCGCGGCCCGACGAGUUCGUUCCGCCGCCCGAGUGCCCGGUGUUCGAGCCGAGCUGGGAGGAGUUCGCGGACCCGUACGCGUUCAUUAACAAGAUCCGGCCGAUCGCCGAGAAAACGGGCAUCUGCAAGGUUCGCCCGCCGCCGGACUGGCAGCCACCUUUUGCGUGCGAUGUGGACAAACUUCACUUCACGCCGCGGAUCCAAAGGCUUAAUGAAUUGGAGGCCCAAACCCGAGUGAAGCUCAACUUUCUGGACAAGAUUGCCAAGUUCUGGGAGCUACAGGGCUGCACUCUGAAGAUCCCUCACGUUGAGCGAAAGCUCUUGGACCUGUACCUGUUGUUCCGGCUGGUGGCCGAAGAAGGUGGCUUUGAGACAGUGUGCCGUGAAAGGCGAUGGACCAAGAUAGCGGUGAAGAUGGGCUUUGCUCCUGGCAAAGCCAUCGGCUCUCACCUGCGCUCACACUACGAGAGGAUCCUCUACCCGUACAGCCUGUUUCAGAGUGGAGCCAACCUUCUGGUGCCCGAUCUGGCCUCCAAGAUGAUGCAUUCAGUGGCUGCUGCAGAUCCUGAUAAGGUGGCUGCCCUGCCCGGCGACAUCAGUGAUGCCGAAUACAAGCCCCAUGACCUGGCGCAGCGGCAGGCGGCUCUAUCGGCAGAGAGUGGCGUCCCCACCCGCAGGGGCAAACGCAUGAGGCUAGAGAAUAUGGGGAUUUGCAACUUUACGGCGAGGUCAUCAGAACAGAAGCCCAUCGCGAGCUGCGUGAAGACGGAGCCGGACGAGCCGUGCGAGAACAGACCCAACCUGCGGCGGAGGAUGGGGUCCUACGUGGCAAAGGCCGAGCCCAGUCCGAGCUCUCCUGCAGCUGCGUCUCUGGGGAAGCAGGUUCCCAUGUGGCUCAAACAGGAGCCCAGCGAGACCAAGGAGUCGGUGGACGAGACAGAGACCACGAGCCAGGACACAAAGCAGCCUCCCUUGGACAGUGCGGUGGACCUCUAUGUGUGCCUGGUGUGCGGCAGCGGCAGCGAUGAGGACCGCCUGUUGCUAUGCGACGGCUGCGACGACAGUUACCACACGUUCUGCCUGGCCCCGCCCCUCCCCGACGUGCCCAAGGGCGACUGGCGCUGCCCCAAGUGUCUGGUCCAGGAGUGCAGCAAACCCCUGGAAGCGUUUGGCUUCCAGCAGGCGUACGGAGACUACUCCCUCCGUGCGUUCGGAGAAAUGGCCGACUCCUUCAAGUCUGACUACUUCAACAUGCCAGUUCAUAUGGUGCCCACAGAGCUGGUGGAGAAGGAGUUCUGGCGCCUGGUCAGCACCAUCGAGGAGGAUGUGACAGUGGAGUAUGGCGCUGACAUCGCUUCUAAGGAAUUUGGCAGCGGAUUUCCCAUCCGAAACGGGAGACUUAAAGUGUCCCCCAAAGAUGAGUACUACCUGAACAGUGGCUGGAACCUGAACAACCUGGCCCUGAUGGACCCUUCGGUGCUGACCCACGUCACAGCAGACAUCUGUGGGAUGACGCUGCCCUGGCUGUACGUGGGAAUGUGCUUCUCCUCCUUCUGCUGGCACAUCGAGGACCACUGGAGCUACUCCAUCAACUACCUACACUGGGGUGAACCCAAAACGUGGUAUGGUGCCCCUGGCUCUGCAGCUGAAAAGCUGGAGGAUGUGAUGAAGGAGCUGGCUCCCGAGCUGUUCGAGUCGCAGCCCGACCUGCUGCACCAGCUGGUCACCAUCAUGAACCCCAACACGCUCACGGCGCAUGGAGUGCCGAUCUACCGAACAAACCAGUGUGCGGGCGAGUUUGUGAUCACCUUCCCCAGGUCCUACCACAGUGGAUUCAACCAGGGCUUCAACUUUGCCGAGGCUGUCAACUUCUGCACCGUGGACUGGAUGCCGCUGGGGCGUCAGGUUGUGGCUCACUACCGGCUGCUGCACCGCUACUGCGUCUUCUCCCAUGAUGAGAUGGUGUGCAGGAUGGCCUCCAAAGCGGACGUGCUGGACGUGGUCCUGGCGUCCGCUGUCGGAAAGGACAUGGCCGACAUGAUCCAGGAGGAGUGCCACUUGCGGGACAAAGUCCACAAGAUGGGGGUGGUGCACUGUGAGCGAGCACAUUACGACCUGCUGCAGGACGACGAGCGCCAGUGCAUCAAGUGCCGCACUACCUGCUACCUGUCGGCCAUCAUGUGCCCCUGCAGUCCCGGCGUCCUCGUGUGCCUCCACCACGCCCAGGAGCUCUGCUCCUGCUCUCCUGCUGGCUACACUCUGAACUACAAAUUCACACUGGACGAGCUGUACCCCAUGCUGAAAGCUUUAAAGCAGCGUGCCGAGUCCUUCGACAACUGGGCCUCCCAUGUCACUGAGCUCUUGGAAGCCAAGAUGGACCAAAAGCAGAGCUUGGUGGCAUUCCGCUCCCUCAUCGAGGAGUCGGAAGCGAAGGCCUUCCCAGAGAACGACCUGCUGAGACACCUGCGCCAGGUGACGGAGGACGCGGAGAGGUGUGCGUCCGCAGCCCAGCAGCUGCUCAGGGGAAGGAGGCACACCAGGCACCACUCCGGAGGAGCAAAGGCCCAGACCAAGCUGACCGUGGACGAGCUCAAGUCCUUCAUCCAGCAGGUGUGCAGCCUGCCCUGCAGCAUCAGCCAGACAGCACUGCUUAAGGACAUCCUGGAGCGUGUCGAGGACUUCCAACGGUGCAGCCAGGAGACGUUGGCCAAGGAGGUGCCCAGCGUGUCCGAGAUCCAGGAACUGCUGGACGCGGGCGCCGAGCUGGACCUGGCGCUCCCGGAGCUGCCGCCGUUGUGGGGCCAGUUGGAACGGGUGCGCUGGCUGGAGGCGGAGAGGAGUGCCAGGUCGCAGCCCGCCAGCCUCACGCUGGAUGCCAUGCGGCAGCUCAUCGACCGCGGAGUGGCCCUUGCGCCUCACCCCUCCGUGGAGAAGGCCACGGCCCGGUUGCAGGGGCUGCUCUCCGUCUCCGAGCUGUGGGAGCACAAGGCGCGCAAACUCAUCACAGCCAGACCCCGUCACCGCUUGGAGACUCUGAGCGCCGCAGCCCAAGAGACGGAGGGCAUCCCAGCCUGCCUGCCCCAGUGUGUGCUCCUGCGCGACGCCGUCGCCAGCGCCACAGACUGGCUGCGGGAGGCUGAGAUCAUGCAGCUCGAGAGCCACAUCCCUGCAUUCGGUGCCCUUGCUGACAUAGUGUCUCGAGGACAAUUGAUCCCUGUCAAGCUGGACCCCCUUCCUCAGCUCGAGUCGCUGCUCUUGGAAGCGGAAGCCUGGAAGAAGCGUGCAGCUGAGGCCUUCCUCUCCAAGAGCACCCCGUACUCCCUGCUGGAGGUGCUGUGUCCCAUGUGCGAAAUUGAAGGCGGCGCUGCCAAGAGGAAAGGGAAGAAAGGGCUCCAGCACGCCAGGAAGAAGGGAUCCGCUGCAGGGCACGACCUGCUGAAUGACGUGGAAAGGGCGCUGACAAAGAGCCAGGACUCGGGCCCCGCUCUGGAGGCCCUGGAGGAGAUGCGGCUAAGGGAGCUGGAGGCGGUCUCGCUCCUGCGCUCCGCAAACGAGGCCCGGCUGCAGCCCGGGGCAGAGCAUGUGGACCCCAGGGUGUGCGUGUGCCUGAGGGGUCCCGUGGGGGCUAUGCUGCAGUGCGACCUCUGCCGAGGGCUUUUCCACAGUGGCUGCGUGCCUGAGCCGCAGGGGGCCGACCCUCCCUGGCUGUGCCCGCCCUGCCGCCGCUCGGAGCGCCCGCCCCUGGAAGAGGCGCUGUCCAUCCUGGACUCGCUGCAGCAGCUCCGCGUCAGUUUGCCAGAGGGUCACGCACUGAACUUCGCGGUGUGCCGCACUCUCAGCUGGCAGCGCCAUGUGCAGCAGGUCUUGGCCCCCUGUGGAGGCGGGGCCACGCCCACAGAGCACCGCCCGUGGGACUCAGCCAGUCCUUCUCUCGAUGCCAGUGGAGAGCAGGUGGUGCCAGGCUCAGGGACGCCCACAUGUCUUAUCCAGGAGAACCAGCCAGACCAGCCUCUGGCUGUUUUCCACAUCGCACGCCACUGUACACCUUUGCACGCCGUGAGUCCUGAGCUGGAGGAGCUUGUCCUUGAAGGGCUGCUGCUGCCUGUGAUGGUGCCCGAGGUGCAGCAGCUGCACUGCAUGCUGGGAAAUGUGCUGGCCACACAGCAAGUAGAGAAAUCCACGCCGUGCUUGAAUCUUGGUGCACCGGGGGAGUGUGUGUCUCAGGGAAAGAGCUCUCCACGGCCCGAGACUGUUCUUAAAACUUUCCAGCAGGAAGGGAUCUCUGUCUCGUUGCGGGAAGCCACAGAUAGGGUGGAGAGGAAGGCCAAGCGGCGGGGUCCCAGGGCCGAGCUCAGGGACAGGGCAAAAAAAGCCAAGCGCAAUGAGGGAAAGAGCCCUGAAGAUGACCUGGGGUUCAGCUCCUCAUCGCCCCUCUCAGAGGACCAGGAGGAGGACUGGAGUGUGUGUCCGGCCAAUGGGUGUCUGCAGCCUGAGGGAGAGGAGGUAAACUGGGUCCAGUGCGACGGCCGCUGCAACCAGUGGUUCCACCAGGUGUGCGUGGGCAUCACGGCAGAGCUCGCUGCCAAGGAGGACUACGUGUGCGUCAGCUGUGCCGUGAGAGAUGGCCGCAUGGCCCACUGAGAGAUGGCAGGGCAGUGGGAACAGCUGCCCUGGGUGCAACUUUCCGCUCCUCCUUUUUACCGUGGUGCUACUUCCGCCUGGCGGGACCGUGUUCCAGAACUGUUAGAUGCCCUAGUCAUGUUUCCCAUUUGGGUUUGUUCUUCUCCUGCCCUAUGAAGUGUUUGUGGUCGUCCAAGGAAUGCAAACAGUGCUGCACAAGUUCCCCAUCAUACAGUGACAUUGAUGAAGCGCCAAGUGAAAAUCCCCAGUUUGUUUCUCCAGCCUGCAUGCUAAGCCAGAAACUUUGGUUACAGGUAUUAUUUCACUGAGAAAUGAAACUACUUUUUUGGAUUCCAGCUAUUUGGUACAAGCAAAAGCAAAAAUCUUUUUGGAAAAAAACUUUAAAAAGCGUGUUUCUAUGGAAUACUUUCCUUACUUUUUUGUAGGUUAGAUUUAUUUAUCUGAGCAAUAAUUUGAGUUCACAGAGCUCUUUAUGGUAAAACUAAGAUUAGACUGGGGUCAAAGGUGGUGAAUUAGUGUAAGAGACCGAAGGAUCUGAUAUGUUUGUGUUUGUGGGGGGGUGGGGGAUAGCUUGUUUAAUAUACUGCUGUUUAUAUUGUGGAAUAAAACCGAUUGUUCUCAUGUCAAACCUCAA